GGUAAUGAUGAUAAACCACCACAAUCAUCGAAUCAAUCAUUAUUCAAUGAUACAUUAAUCUAUUUGGAUAGAUUUUUUGAUAAAAAUCCAUUUUUCACUACAACAAAUCAAGAAUCAAAAUUGGAAAAUGAUCAACGGAAUGUAUCUAUUGAAAAAAUUGAUAAAACAGAAUUACCUAUACUUACCAUGAAUUAUAUUUAUAAUAAUCAUUCGGAACGAAUUUUAAAUCAAAUUUUAAAAGAUGAAAAAAUGUCCAUCGAUUGGCAUCCGAUAUUGAAUACGAUGGCAAAACAAAUUGCCGAUACGAUAAAAUUACCACAAUUUUUAUAUCUACAUUCCAUCGAUAGUUAUUAUCAACUAAACACUGAUUCAUCAAUUAUAUCACCAUCAUCGAAUGAAAUUUGUCCAUAUCCAAUGGAUAUAAGAAAACGUGUAAAAAUCAAAAGCAUUCUGAAUGGUUCGAAAAAUGAUUGCACAAUCAUACAAGGAUUGGUAUUUACGAAAAAUGUUGCACAUAGAAAAAUGCGUACAAAUAUUGAUCAACCACGAAUAUUAUUGUUUGCUUGUUCUAUUGGUUAUGAUGAACGUCGACGAUCACAACCAUCAUCAUCAUCGACAUCACAAUUUAAAUUAACAUUAUUUGAUUCAAUGCGUCUACAGGAAACUGAUUACAUUGCUAAUCUUGUGGCCAAAAUUGAAUUAUUACGACCAGAUAUUAUUUUUGUUCAAGGUACUGUUUCACAAACGGCAUUAGAAUUACUGCGACAGAAACAAAUAACCGUUAUAUUGAAUGUCAAAUGUUCAUUAUUGGAACGGAUUUCAUUUUUCACCAAAGCUGAAUUGAUUCAUUCACCAGAAAUGAUUCUCAAUACAACCAUUGUUGGUGGUUGUCAGAAAUUUUUUUUAAAAGAUUAUCAAAUGUCACCAGAUACGCAACAACAACAACAACAACAACAGACGAGAAGAAGAAAAAUUUAUUUUACAAAUACAAAAACAUUAAUGUUUCUUGAAGGUUGUAUUGAAAAUAUUGGCUAUUCAGUUAUAUUACGUGGUAGUACAAGAUUUCAAGAUUUUAAAAAAUUGAAAAAAAUUCUACGCUAUAUGAUGUUUGUACAUUAUAAUAAUCGUUUGGAGAAAGCCUAUCAUCAAAGUUUUAAUUGUAUGCCUAUCGAUGAAAGAAUGAUCAAUAAUAAUAAUAAUGAUGAUGAUGAUGAUGGCGAUGGCUGUGUAUCAUUAGGUCAAUAUUAUCAAAUGAUGAUUCGUUCCAAUAAUCAAACAAUUAGAAAAAUAAUAAUAAUAAUAAUAAUAGUGGUCACUGUAAUGAAAAUUUUAAAAAUUAAUGUCAAAUCAUCAUCAACGCUGACAACAAAAAUGGAAAAAGUAUCUCAACUGACCAUUAUUGAAGAUUUUUCCGAUCCACUUAGAUCAACAGUAGCAGCCACAGUAACGGAAUUGGAUCCACAAGAAAAUCAAUAUAAUAAUAAUAGUGGUCAUAAUAAAAUGACCAAUGAACCAUUAAUUCAGAUGCAAUUAUUAUCGAAAAAAUUGGCAAAAUUUUUAGAUACAAUUCCAUUAUCUAGUUCACCAUUAAUACGUUUUAAUUUACCAUUUUUAAUGUAUGAAAAUAUUCAUCACAUUUCAAGUUUACGUUUCUAUUAUCCAUUCAGGCUACUACCAUCUAAACGUCUAUUUGAACAUGAUGAUAAAAGUGGCGAUGUUUUCAUUGAUGAUGAUGAUUUUGCCAAUUAUUCAUAUCUAUUCGAUGGAAAACAAUCAUCAUCAAAUGAUGAUGAUGACUAUGGUAGUAAAAAUGAAUCAUCAAAAUUGUUAUUUUUAAAUUCACUUACUAGCCGUUAUAUGAUUGUUAAACCGCAUCCAUUUUUGAUUAAUGAUGAUUAUGAUUUCAAUCAAAAAAGUCAACAAUACAUAUCGGAUUUUCGUGCAUGUGGUCCUUAUUUACGUUAUGCACCGGAUUUUUUCACACGUAACAACGUACGUGGACAACCACCACCACCACAACAACAACAACAACAACAUUCGAAUUCGAAUUCGAAUAAUAAUCAUACAAUGAUGAUGAUUGAUGAAUGUCUAAGUAAUCUGGAACAUCAAAAUAUUUCCAUAUUAUUUUCAGUGUUUUCAUUACAAACGGAAACUGUAUUUAAUUAUUGUUUGAAACCGAAAAUAUUAUCAAUCAAUUAUUAUGGUAAUAAUGAUAUGUCAUUGGGUUCAUUUUUAUUUCUACAUUUUUUCCAUCGUCAAUCAUGUUUCAAUCAAUCAUCAAUGAUUAAUGGCCAAACAAUGGUAGUGACAAAUAAUUUUAAUCAUGCACAAGAAAUGUUUGAAAAUACUGUACUUUUCAAUAAUAAUAAUAAUAAUAAUAUGGCUACAAAUGUGGGUAGAAAAAUAUUUUGCCCUAAUGAUAAUUGUCAUAUAUCAAUGUUUAAACAUUUGAUGCGUUUCACUCAUCAUAAUGGAACAAUUACUGUGUAUCUAAAUAAAUUGAAUGAAUCACGUAAUGUUGAGAUGCCGCAUAAAAUUCUUACAUGGACCUAUUGCACGCAAUGUCAAUCAAUAUCGGAAUAUACGGAAAUGUCUGCCGAUUCUUUAGCAAUUUCAUUUGGAAAAUUUUUGGAACUAAAAUUUUUUGGCAAUCAACAUUUUAAUUAUCAAAAGUUUUUUGAUGAUGAAGAUAAUGAUGCUGAUGUUGAUGCUGAAUUGGAUGGUAAUCGAAAAAAGAAAAAUCUAUGCCGUCAUUCAUUACAUAAAGAAAGUUAUCAAUUUUUUUCAUAUGAUCAACUUGUCGUUAUUUUUAAAUAUGAACCAAUAGUAAUAUAUGAGAUUGUUACACCAGCACCUGUCAUACCGGUAACAAGAAAUCAUUUUUCAAAAACAAAAAUGAUCGAUGAUCUUAAACAAUUGACUGAACAAUGUCAUGAAGUUUUUGCUAAGAUUAAAAAUGAAUUGGAAAAAAUUCAAUUAAUGAUUCAAAAUGGAAUGACAACAUGUUCGACAGCGACUACUACUAAUACUACUACUACAUCGACAUCGAAUACAUUAUCAAAUAAUGUUGAAACAAUGAAUAAUUUGGCCAAAUUAGAAGAAUUUCAACUAAUGCAACAAAAAGAAGAAUUGGAUUUUAAUCGAAAAAUUAAAGAAAUGCAUUUUCAACUUUCUAUACCGGAAUUAAAUCAGGCAAAUGUAUUGGACCUAUUCAAUUUAGAAAAUAAUGUUGCAUUUAUUAAGAAAUUGAUUGCCGAAAUUGUUCGAUCAUGGAAUGAUCGAUUCCGUGAAUUGUUUCAAGAAGAUUCAUUUGGUGGCCAAUCAAAAAAACGUAAUAAUAUUGAUAAUAAAUUUAUAACAUCAUUUGUGAAUCGUUUUCUAUCGAAUGAUUUGGAAUCCAAAUCUAAUAAUGACAAGAAUCAUGUUGAAAAUGAGAAUAAUAAUGUGGACGUAAGUGGUAAAGAUGAUAAUUUAUCAUCAUAUUUUAGUGAUCUAAAUGAAAUUUAUGAUACAAAUUCCAUUGAAUCAUCCAAUGUGGAUAAUAAUCAAGAAAAAUCACCAAAUAAAUUGAGUUUAUUGAAAAAUAAAAUGCUUUCAAAAGUGGCACCAAAAUCAUCAUCAUCAUCAAUUGAAAUGCCAUUCGAUAAUAACAACAGCAGCAGCAAUAAUAAAAAUGUAAACAAAUCAAAUCAAAUGUUUGAACAUUAUCAGUUACCUACAUAUAAAGAUGUAUCGAUAAUUGUACGUGAUCGUGAUCUUGGUUCAAUAAUUUCCUAUUCAUUAACAACACCAGAAUAUGAACAAAAAUUGUCGGCAAUUAAAUCUGAAAUGGAAGCAAAAUCAAAUGUAAUAAAUGAAUCGAUUAAAGUGACAGCGGAAACAAACGAAAAAAACAAAAUGAAUGAUUCACAAAUGACAAAUAAUGCUUCAAUGGCAAUGGCAACUGCAACGACAAACAACAAGAAUGAACAAACAGAAUUGAAUAGCACAAGCUGUAGCAACAACAAUAAAACAGUAGCAAAAAAUGCAUCGUUAGAUCAACAACAUAAACAAAAUCAACCGCAAGAGAAAAUAAAUCAACAUAUUGAUAUUCAAUUUAAUGAUGUGAAUGCAAAAUUUUAUUGUUGUAUAUAUUUUGCUGAAUUAUUUCGAAAAUUUCGAUCAUUAAUCAUGAUUGAUGGUGGAAAUUCAGCUCGUUAUACUAUACGUGAUAAUAAUCAUCAACAACACAAUCAUUCAUCUUGUUCAUUUUCUGAAGAUCUUUAUAUUUAUUCAUUAGCAAAUUGUUUACCAUGGAAUGCUAUUGGUGGAAAAUCUGGAUCAACAUUCUUGAAAACACGUGAUGAACGUUUCAUAUUGAAAGAAGUAUUAAAAGGAGAAGUGAAACAUUUUCUUACAUUCGUUAGUGAUUAUAUUGAUUAUUGUGAACGUACAUUAUUGGAAAAAUUACCAUCCACAUUGGUCAAAGUUGUUGGUGUCUAUCAGAUUAGCUACAAGAAUACAUUGAACAAUAAAGGUUCAAUACAUUAUAUAUUGGUGAUGGAAAAUUUAUUCUAUGAAUGUAAUCAUGUAUCAUAUAUUUAUGAUUUAAAAGGUUCAAUGCGUAAUCGUAAAAUUGAUGUGGCUUCCACAUAUCAAUCGAAUAAUAGUAACAAAAAUCAAGAUGAAGAUAUGAAUACUAAUAAAAUGAUUGAUACAGAUUCAUCAUUGAAUAGUACAGCAUCGAAUAGUGAUCAAAUUCGUUCUAUGGAUAAUAGUCAAACAGCAAUUACAAAAACAACAACUACCACGAACAUGACAACAACAUCAACGGUAUUAUUGGAUGAAAAUCUUCGACAAAUUAGUAUUGCAUAUCCAUUAUAUGUACAUGUUCAUUCGAAAAUAUUCCUUAUGGAAGCUAUUGAUCGUGAUUCAGAAUUUUUGAAAAAUCAUUGUGUUAUGGAUUAUUCAUUAUUGGUUGGUUUCGAUGAAGAACAUAAUGAAUUUGUUGUCGGUAUUAUUGAUUAUGUAAGGCUAUUUGAUUGGGGAAAAAUACUUGAAAGUCGUGUGAAAAAAAUUGCCAAUGCUAUUGAUCCAACUGUUGUUCAUCCUUCGGCAUAUCAAAAACGUUUUGUAGAUGCAAUUAAUGAUUAUUUUACACAAGUUCCAGAUAAAUGGUAUCCAUUUAUGAAACUGACACCUUUAACGGGCAAACCAUUUUUACCUGAUGAUUGUAAACAACAACAACAGAAAUCAAAUUGUGAUAUAAAUGCUGAUAAUGUUUAUAAUCAAUCGAUUAUGAAAUUGAAAAUAUCAUCAACCUAAUGAUGAAACUGUGUAAAUACAAUUUCUGUCUGUGAUGCUUAAAAUAAUCGAUGAUCGAAUUUGUCAAUCCAAAUCCAUCAUCAUCAUCAUCAUCGUGGUGGUU